AUGGCUGGCGUCGUCGACCCAGAGUUUGCCAACAAGGCGACCACAACUCUCGAGAAACCUGAGAUGUCCCAAACUCCACCCCGCUUCGUCAUCAUCGGCGCCGGCUCCCGAGGCAACGCCUACGCCGACGCCAUUGAGAAGGUCAGCAAUGGAGUGGUGGCUGCAGUUUGCGAGCCCAUCAAAUUCAAGCGAGAGAGCCUUGGUCAGAAAUACAUAUGGGGCAGCGGCAGCCCCCAAGAAGGGCAAUCCUUUACCAGCUGGAACGAGUUUGUCGACUACGAAAAGGACCGCCGAAAGCGUGCUGCUGCGGGUGAAGAGGUCCCCGAGGGCGUCGACGGCGCCUUUGUCUGUGUCCUUGAUGAUAUGCACAGAGAAGUUGUUGUAGCUCUUGCCGAGCUAGAUUUGCACAUCAUGUGUGAGAAGCCGCUGGCGACCAACAUGGACGACUGUCUGGCAAUGUACAAGGCUGUCAAGCCCUUGAAAGGCUCUAAGAUUUUCUCCAUCGGGCACGUCUUAAGGUACAGCCCUCACAAUCUCAUGUUGCGAAAGUUACUUGUCGAUGAGCAAGUGAUUGGUGAGGUGAAUAGUGUUGUCCACACGGAACCUGUGGGAUGGUGGCACUUUGCUCAUUCUUUCGUCCGAGGAAACUGGAGGAAUGACAAGACCUCUGCGCCAUCUCUGCUGACCAAGAGUUGUCACGACAUCGAUCUCUUGCUCUGGCUUGUCUCAGCUCCGGCUAAAGCUGGCCAAGGAGAGGCACACCUCCCCGACUACAUCACUUCGACUGGCGGAGUGCAAUUCUUUAAAAAGAGCCGCAAGCCUGCCGCCGCCGGAAAUGCCACCAACUGUAUGAAAUGUCCCCUCGGAGACUCCGGUUGCAAGUUCUCCGCCAAAAACAUCUACCUGGGCGACAGAAUUGGGCUGGCGCGCGGAAACACCAAGUGGCCCGUUGACAUCGUCGUCCACGACAUUGAGGACUACAAGACGGACGAAGAGCGCCGCCAGGUCAUGGUCAAGACCCUCAGCGAAGAUUGGGACGAAUCGACUCCCAAGGAAGAGGUCAGCAAACGCCAAUGGUAUGGCCGCUGCGUCUACGAAACAGACAACAAUGUCUGUGACGAACAGUUCGUCACCAUCACUUGGCCCGAGUCCGUACGCCCUGCCAAGCGUGUCACCUUCCAUAUGUCCGCACAGACCAAGCGACAGUGCGAACGUGUAAGCACAUUCUACGGCGAGCAUGGCGAGAUACACGCCGACUCGAGGAAGAUUGUGGUGGAGAACUUUGCCACAGGAGAGACUAAGACUUACGAGCCUACUGUUACUGAUCUUGGACACGGCGGCGGUGAUACGGGUCUUGCGCAACAGUUUGUGCUGGCAUGCGAUAAGGUCAAGAACCAUGGAUGGGAUGGGGAGAGGGCUCAGAAUGAGGUUGUGGGAUGUACACUUGAUGAUGUCAUUCGUAGCCAUGCGCUGGUGUUUGCAGCUGAAGACGCCAGAGUCAACAAGAAGAUUGUCGAUUGGGGCCAGUGGUGGGAUGACAAUGUUACCAAAGCUAUUAGUACUUGA